AUGGCCGGCCCCGGCGAACCCGUCUAUGUCACCGUAUCAGCUCUCGAUGCUGGGCACCUUACUUUGCCCGAGCGACUCUUUGUCACGGACGCAGAUCCAGACAAGCGCAGCACCGUCCCGUCUCUUUCGUUUCUCAUCCAGCACCCGUCCUCCCCAGCAUCCCGACCACAAAGGUCCGUGACGAAUCUAGUCUUCGACCUGGGUGUCAAGCGAGACAUCACCGGCUAUACCCCCGCGCAACAGGAACAUAUCGCACAGCGGCAGCCUGUGACGACGGACCCGGACUGUGCUGCGAGCCUGCGUUACGGUGCCGGGGGCUCCACAGACUCGGGCAAAGUGCUGCUCGAUCCACAAAGGGAUAUCGACGUGGUCAUACUAAGCCACGUCCACUGGGACCAUGUCGGCACGCCCUCUGAUUUUGGCAGCGCCGCUUUUGCCGUUGGCUCAGGGACAUUGGACCUGCUUGCCCGAGGCGCCGGCCCGCUGUAUCCGGCCGAACUCUUCAACGCUGACGAGAUCCCGGCGUCGCGGACGGUCGAGUUCCCAGCUGUACCGCGGAGGGCCGCUGGCUACACGGAACCUCAGCACACCCCCGCCGCGCCAGACGCGCUCGCUCGCCUCCCGGCGUCGGCACGGCAUUGGUCCUGGAAGCCGCUGGCGGAUGCGUUUCCCUCCACCCUCGACUUUUUCGGCGACGGCAGCCUCCUGAUCAUUGACACGCCCGGGCACUUAUACGGUCACGUCAAUCUGCUCGCGCGUGUCGCCGAGCACCGGUACGUGUACCUUGGCGGCGACUGCUGCCACGAUCCGCGGAUCCUUCGUGGGGAAAGGGGCAUCGCCGAGUACGACGACGGUCGGGGCGGCACCCGCAGCGUGCAUGUACACACGGCAGAGGCACGCCGGGCUCUAGAUGACAUCGCCAAGUUUGUAAAGGCGCGUGGAGGCCGGGAUCAAGUCGAGGUCGUGGUGGCACAUGAUGGAGAAUGGAGAGAGCGAAAUAGGACAAGAUUCUGGCCUGGGAGACUAUAA